AUGGAAUGGAAUGGAGAUUGUCAAGAAGCUAUUGAGAAGAUACAAAAUCCUCCGAUACUAGUGCCGCCAGUGCCAGAGAGACCGCUUAUUAUGUAUUUGACAGUGUUAGGAGGAUCUAUGGGAUGUGUUUUAGAUCAACAUGAUGAAUCGGCUUGGGCAACUCGCAGGUUAAGGCAAUACAUGUUGAGUCACGCAACUUGGUUGGUCCUCUUGUCAGAAUAUGAUAUUAUGUAUGUUACCCAAAAAGCAAUCAAAGGCAUUGCUCUCGCAGAUUUCCUAGCUCAUCAACUGAUGAAUGAUUAUCAGUCAAUACAGUACGAAUUUCCUAAUGAAAAUAUAAUGGCAUUGUUUAAUGAGAAAGAAUUUUCAACAAAAGAUGAAUGGGUCAUGAUAUUUGAUAGUGCUUCUAAUGCACUCGGACAUAGGAUUGGUGCUAUACUGAUUUCCUCAGAGAAGCAAUAUAUCCUGAUCAAAGCUAGAUCAUCAUUCGAUUGUACAAAUAAUAUAGCUGAAUAUGAAGCAUGUGCUAUAAGAAUUCAAGCAGCUAUAGAGUCCAAGAUCAAAAUUCUCGAGGUGUGUGGUGACUCAGCUUUGGUUAUCCACGAACUGAAAGGUGAAUGGGAGACUCGCGAUGCCAAAUUGAUCCCUUAUCAAGCCUAUAUUAGAGAGUUGGUGGAGUAUUUUGAUGAAAUUACUUUCCAUUAUAUUCCUCGUGAGGAGAAUCAAUUGGGUGAUGCUUUAGCCACUUUAUCAUCAAUGUUUGUAGUGAGUUAA